AUGCAUUACAACUCAAGUAAUGCCGAACAGGUCCGUUUCGAUCGCAUUCUGGCUCGCGAAAAGCUCAUGCCUGCUCAAGUCGAUAUGGCUACCGUUCGGAACGCCCUUGAGGCACUUGGCCCCGUGAUCCAAAAGGGGUCUCGGGGGCACGGAAAGGAGGACAAAAAGAGCCUUAUUUUUGCACUUCGAUUAUUGGCAGUCGUUGGCUUUAUUGGCUUGCACGGACUAUGGUGUGGUGGUAGUCCAAAACCUCAAGUGCGAAAUGGUUUCGUUCUACUCGACAAGGUCAAGGCUCGGGGAGGUAGGAGAAAGCAGAACGAAAGUCUACUUUGA